UGCAAGAACUGUUGAACUAUGCCAUCAAUUCUCUUCUGACACACCCCACUAUAAAAUGGGAGAAGAAAGAAGGAGGAGGCAUCAUACAGUUGUGGAGCUCAGUCGUUGUGGAGCUCAGUCAGUUUUAAAAUCUGUCAGCAAUCACUUUAAUUAUUUCUUGUACUGUCCUCGAUAUAUUUCUUCUCUGGGUAUUACUCACCUUCUUCCUGCAUCACUCAGGACUAGGCAGCUCCAGGACAGAUCUUCUGGUUGAUGAAAAGUCCCAGUCAGGACAUCUGAACAUGGAAAAAGCGUACCCACCACAGGAAUCUUCUCCACCAUACCCUGGACCACCAAUGAACUACGGUGGUGUAGCACCACCGCCAGAAAUGUAUCCUCAGCCGGGAUUCUCACCUGCUGCACCGCCACCUGUUGGACACCAGGCAGUUGCUCACAUGAUCGUGACACCUGCACUGCAGGACGUCCCAGGACAAGCAGUGUGUCCCCACUGCCACCAGACUGUGGUCACCACCGCAGAGCACAAAGCAGGCCUCAUGACCUGGGCCAUCUGCGGCUGCCUCACCAUCUUUGGAUGUUUUCUUUGCUGCUGCAUCCCGUUCUGCGUUGACUCCUGCAAAGAUGUGGAGCAUCACUGUCCAUCGUGCCACAAAGUUAUCUACUUAUACAAGCGAAUAUGAAACCGUCCUGUCAGUGAUCGAAGGACAAGAACUAUAAAAGUACUGUCCCACACAAUAGCUUAAAAGUGGUUUUAGCUGCUUUACAACAUUCCUUUGAUACUGAGGGAUACAAUAUAAUAUGAAAUGCACUUACUGCCAUUGUAUGCUGACUGUUUAUUUGGCAACUAUAUACUUCUUAAUGUGAAUUGUAAUGACGUGUGAUAAAGCAUGGUACUUUAAGGUGAUAUAUAUAUAUAUCAAGCAAAUUGUGGAACAGCUGGGAUUUAUUCUAAAUGUGAAUCAUCAACAAAUAUGUCAAUAAAAACAAGCAACAGAAAGUUGUGUGCUGUA